AGGAAGAACGAACGCCUCCGCUGUUUCGGAGCGCUCGCCAGCCGAGCCGAGAGCUUGGAAUCGCGGCCGCAUCAUCUCCGGAGGGCCGCCUUGAAACCGUCAUCCACGAUCCAUGUUAGUUUCGUCGCUUCGCUUUGAAACUGACGAGGAGCGGUUUCCAUGUUGUGAUCGAGCUCCUGAACCGCGCUUUUUCCUCUCUUUUUUCCCCCCCUCCCCUCCUCCUCGUUCACUCCAGAUUUUUUUUAUAUAUGUACCUGGGGGAGGGUGGGAGGGGGGAGAAAAUCUAUUUUUUUUACCCAAAAUAAAAGAUCUAGCUCAUGGACAGCCCGUCCAUAAUCACCCAAGUCAGCAAAGAAGAGGCGAACUGCCCACUGCGAGAGAAAGGCCCCCUGCCCGUCUCCGGCAAGAAGUCGCGCCGACAAGGCCUCCUCCGGGCCAUCUUCUGCUGCAUCUCCAAGGCCGAGGACGAUGGCAACCAGACCCUGUGUGGCGGCAACAACAACACUCCACUGCUGGCCGAUGGCAAGAACAGCAGCAGCAAGUGUGUGGUUAAACACCUCCUCCCUGAGGUGAAAGUUCAGGACAGCGGGAAGAAGUGUGUGGUGAUCGACUUGGAUGAGACGUUGGUCCACAGCUCAUUCAAGCCGGUGAACAAUGCAGACUUCAUCAUUCCGGUGGAGAUCGAUGGAGUCACGCACCAGGUGUAUGUGUUGAAGCGUCCUCACGUGGAUGAGUUCUUGAGGCGGAUGGGUGAGCUCUUCGAGUGCGUACUGUUCACGGCGAGUCUGUCCAAGUACGCCGACCCCGUGGCUGACCUGCUGGAUAAGUGGGGUGCCUUCCGGUGCCGCCUCUUCCGGGAAUCCUGUGUCUUCCACCGGGGUAACUAUGUCAAGGACCUGAGCCGGCUGGGGCGUGACAUAAACAAGCUGAUCAUCGUGGACAACUCUCCGGCGUCGUACAUCUUCCACCCCAACAAUGCGGUGCCCAUCGCAUCCUGGUUUGACGACAUGUCUGACACACAACUCCUGGACCUCAUCCCGUUCUUUGAGAGACUAUCGAAGGAGGAGGAUAUUUACGCAGUACUGCAGGAGCACAAAUCGAGCUAACACUGAGCCAAGCAGAGACUGAGUGGUGGAGGGGCUGGACCCACCCUCGAUUACCUCCCCGCCCUCUGUACCACCUGCCCCGAGGUGCGCCCACCUAGGACCAGCCCUUGGACCACUUACCAGCACGCUGCCCCUUUUACAAAGGACGGGUGCGGCAACUUUUAAUGACAGCGCUUCCCAAGGGGAGUGAAGCUGGCACACAGCCCAUCCAGUUAAUGGAUCUUCACGGCACUUAGUCACAGCCAGCUAUCAAGUGGCCCAUCUCAGCCUUGGAGAAGAUCAAUCCUUCUGCUGUAUCUGGGGGUUGGGGUAGGGGGUGGUUGUCUCUGAAACUGUUGGGGGUUCCUCGCUGCUUAGAACGCCACCCACGUGAGUUGUCAGCCACCUGAAAGGGCUGUGGUCGGGUGAUGGGUAAUGCAGGGAAUGUGCCCACACAGACUUCAAUACCCUAACUCUUCCCCUAUAUCUUGCUCACCGCCCGGUGAGAGCAAGGUGGUGAUGACUCCCGCAGUGACUUUGGGGGCAGGGUCGUACACAACGAAUGAUCCUUCAAAGAAAGCUUGUGAUAUAACUGGUGUAGGUUGUGAAGGAACGGUUCCUGAUUGACCAGGGUGAGAUUUGACCUCCCAGUUAUUCUCCAGAAGGUAGGCAACGAAACCAGAGGAAGAGGAAAUUGGCCCCUCCAAGCUGAUAUGUUCGAUGUUCCCUCCUCACCUACUCCAUACACUUGGGCAUUGCAGUGGAACACUUGCUGGGACUCUUCAGGACCCCUUCCCCUGCACAUGGCUACCUCGCGCACCAGGCUACAAAGCCCUGCACUGACGGCUGGUUAUCAGUGGAGGGGCUGUGGUGAGUCUGACGUACCCCAGGGGGAGGGGAGGGGAGUGUGCGACUGAAUGAAGGCCAGAAGUGUGGCUGUCGUCCUGGAGAUGGUGUAGGGCCCCCAUCUCCCCGGGGAGACUACAGGAAUCCAGAGACCCUUUGCCCAACCCCCUGUGCCUUGCCUCUGUUCAACCACGAAGGGGGGGUUGUAGUCCAUCCCUAUUCAUUCCACCGCCAGGGGUCAGUGACACCCCCAUCAGGAUGCACCCCUGCACAGACGUGCACUCCACCCCGGCUGGGACCAAAUUUGCUCAUUGCUCGGUCAACCCUCGGAGUUAUUUGGUGGGAGAUACCCGAGGGGGAAAUGGUGUCGUUGAAACCCCAUCGCUAGUCCACCAGCUUUGGCGGGUGUGGACCAAGGCCAUUCUCGCACUCCGUGUUCCUACUUCCCUACCCCAAUCCUUUCCCCAUAUCCCUCUCAUUCUCCCACAAACUUUCCCUGGAGCACAUCUCUGUCCCACUCCCAGUGGGGGUGUGCAGCCAUGACUACUGGUGGGGGGGCAGGGCAGUGUUUAUCACUGGGAUGCACCCCCAGAGAGGCAUUACCAGCGAUGAGGGUGUUCGCUGUACCACAGGGAAGUGUGCCUAAUGGGGAGAAAAUACUUCAUUUCCACCACGACUGUGAUGCUUUGUACUGAGCAAAAUGAUUGAUUAUAUUCCAAAGAUCAAUGUUGAUUGCAGUUUUGAUUGGGCAUUUUGGGGUCCUCCAUUUGCUUCAGGCAGGGUAAAGAGGGAACCUUUUUAACAUCAGUGACCUGUCUUGGAAAGGCCUCGAAUUUUGGGUGGAAGAUACUGGACCAGUGCUGCCCACGUGGCUGAAGAGCCGUCUGGGCCCUCGUGUGAUGAGAGGCUGUUUGUGACUGAUGUGCAGCUGCACUGGUGUGAGCGAAUGAUUUGAGGAGAACCAAGGGGCUUUUGGAGAGAUUGGGGGGGGGGGGGGGGUAUGUAAGGGGGUAGAAAAGAGGCUGGAAAUUAAACAUUAACCCCCACCAUCCAGUUUCGAGGGCUGAAGGCAGUGGGGCAGUGAAGGAUGGAUACUGUUUUCUCCCACAACCUCCCUAGAAUCCCAGCGCAUAAGCCCGAUUUGAUCAGAGCAGGACUUGAGUCUUGCCAGCUCCAUUGGACAUUGUGACGUUGUGAGCCAGCUUUGGUCUAGUGGAAGUGAAGGGAGAUCCUGCCCCAACUUUCAGACCCCACUGAGUGCUGGCCCACUCUCUUUUGCCCCUUGCAAUCCCACCCCCCAGUCAACCUCCUGAACCUCUCUACCUGGGGUGUUUUGUUGGGGAGGUCACUGGGGUUGCAGCCAGUGGCCUGGGUAGGUACCAACCCUUGCUAUAGUUCCUGAUGCACAACUCUGGAAAUUUAAUGUUGCCUUGAAACAGAUCGUGCCUUCUCUCUCUCUCUCUCUCCCUCUCUCUCUCUCUCUCUCUCUCUAUAUAUAUAUAUAUAUAUAUAUAUAUAGAGCUAUAUAUAUAAAAUGUAAUUAAAAGAUUUGAAUACAAUUGCAGAUUGGAGUUAGAAUAAGAUUUUUCUUCUUAUUUUUGUACUGCACCAGUAUGCUCUCUGCCCAGCAUUCCCAGAGCUGUCUUAUGCCUUGGUGUCUGAGAUGGUGUGGAUGGGAUAAUAUUGGAUCAAAUCACCUUUUUCUCGCGUUCAUUUCUGAAAAUAAAGAGCUUUCUU